GCUUGGUUGUGAUGCUGUCCAAGUAAUUUUUGAUGUCCUGUCAAAAGUCCCCGUCCCCGAUCUGCUCAGUCUAAACACCGAUAACCGUGCGGAAGAAUGAAUUAACGUAAAGGUCACCAUGCAGUUCCUGGGCCGUUUAUUGGACACGGUGAGCACCGUGUCGAGCCUAUUCUCCAACCCGUACCGUGUGAGGGAUGUGCAGCUGUCGGAGUAUAAUGGGAAUGUGCUGCUGAAGAAGGAGGGGAGGUUGGCCCUGUACAGGAACCAAAAGAGCCAGUCAUGGGACUGCCUUCUACUCUGUCCCGAGACCCCAUCCAUGGCUCUCAGGAUGUUCCAGGUAGCUUCAGAGGGAGACGCCAUGAAUUGGUUUCCUCAAUAUGCCCUCAAACUCCGCCCAUUUUAUGAGAUGCUCCGCCCACCACUUAAACCCGAGACAUUCCAGGCAAUCGUAGAUUGUUUGCGGAAUCACCCAGACUGGAGCUCUGCUCACAUCACUGUGGAAAUUGGACUGAGAGACUGUCUGAAACAUAAUUAUAUUUUGAGCCAAAUGAAUGCCCGUAACAGUCAGGGUCAGACUCCUCUGCACCUGGCUUGUGAGAGGGGAGAUGUGGCCUGCGUGCGUGAACUGCUGGAGGAAUGCCAGGCGCGCACAGAUGUCAAAGACAAAAACGGAGAGACGCCCAUGCACUGCGCCGCUAAACAAGACUCUACUUUGAUUAUAGAGGCUUUGUGCGCUCGGCUCUGCGCUGGUGUGAACGAGGUGAAUGUUGCUGGGGAAACACCUCUACACAUAGCAUGCCGUCUUGGCAGGGUGGAAGCAGUCAAGGGCCUGCUAGUGGGCGGAGCCCGUUGUGACAUCAUGGGAAGUAAUGGCUAUCCAAUCCACACUGCCAUGAAGUUUAGUGAGAAGAGUUGUGCUGAAGCAAUUUUAUCCAUUAACCCGAAUCAACUUCUGGCAGAGGAUCCUCUCUAUGGUGGAACACCUCUUCACUGGGCCAAGACUGCAGAGAUGUGUCGUCUACUGCUGGACCGAGGGUGUAACCUUAACUACCUAAGUAAGACGGGAGAGAGUCCGUUACACAUCCUGACCAAGAGAGGGCGCUUUGAGGCUGCAAUGAAACUGCUGACACAUGGAGCCGACCCCAACAUCAAGGGACAGGAUGGAAACACAGCCCUCCACCUUGCCAUGAAGUUGGACCACAUGAAUCUGAUCAAAGCUCUCAUGGUGUUUGGAGCAGAUGUGGAGAUUCACAAUGACCUGGGAGAGACACCUGGACUCAUAGCUGCCCGAACCAGCAAGGGGCCCAACCGUAAGGUGCUCUUGAACAUGCUGUGUAGUGUAGGGGCUGAACGGUGUCAUCCAUCCUACUUUGACACCCCCUCCCCCAGUGUCAAUAAAGCUCCACCUCAUGGGAUAGGGUUUGAUGACAUCAUGUAUGGGGUGGCAGCUGUUACGGCAAUGAGUCGGGGGUUUGCAGAGGUGGAUGGACUCAAAACAGGAAGCGGGAAAACAGACAAAUUGUUGUGUCUGGAUGGUGGAGGAAUAAAGGGUCUGGUUCUGAUCCAGAUUUUGAUCGCUUUGGAGAAAGAGGCACGACGGCCCAUCAGGGAACUCUUUGACUGGGUAUCUGGAACCAGCACUGGUGGCAUACUGGCCUUAGCCAUUGUUCACGGUAAAUCGGUUGAGUAUCUGCGCUGCCUGUACUUCAGGAUGAAGGAAGAGGUGUUUAAAGGUUCUCGGCCAUAUGAGUCUGGCCCUCUGGAGGAAUUUCUAAAGAAUGAAUUUGGAGAAAAUACCAAGAUGACAGAUGUCACACACCCCAGGGUGAUGGUGACCAGCGUUCUCGCUGACAGACACCCUGGAGAAUUGCAUCUGUUUCGUAAUUACAACCCGCCAGCCCUGCAGAGAGACCCUCCAUAUAGGUCUACGGCCACAUUUCAACCCCAUACUGUGCCACAGGGAUGGGAGGAUGAAGAUAUUUUGAUAAUAGGAUAUUCUCAACCUCCCAGAAAGCGUAGAAAGGUGACUGAUGAAGAGCAAUUAGUUUGGCGUGCCGCCCGUUCCAGUGGAGCCGCUCCAACGUAUUUUCGUCCAAUGGGUCGCUUUCUGGACGGAGCGCUGCUGGCCAAUAACCCGACGCUUGAUGCCAUGACAGAAAUACACCAGUUCAACAAAGACUUGAAGGCACAGGGUCGUGAGGCAGAAGUGUGCAGGUUAGGUGUGGUCGUCUCGCUGGGUACUGGUAAACCCCCUCAGGUAGCGGUGAACUCUGUCGAUGUUUUUAGGCCUUCAAACCCUCUGGAGCUGGCCAAGACCUUCAUUGGCGUCAGAGAACUGGGCAAGAUGCUCGUGGACUGUUGCACGGACUCUGAUGGCUGUGCAGUUGACCGAGCUCGUGCAUGGUGUGAGAUGACCGAUAUAAACUAUCACAGGUUGAGUCCUCAGCUGUCUCAGGAGGUGAUGCUGGAUGAGGUCAGUGAUGCUGUGUUAGUUGACAUGCUGUGGGAGACUCAGAUGUACCUGUACGAGCACAGAGACAUCAUACAGACCCUCUGCCAGCAGCUGCUGCAGCUCUGACAACAGAGCAAACAAUGAAAGAGAUGAAUGGUAGCUUGGGUUACUUAAUAUCCAUAACUAAUUUAUAUUAAUAUAAAUAAGGGGUUCAUUUACAGUGGUGUAUAUAUUUUAUAAGUCAUUGUUUAUGAUAGAUUUAACCUUUUUAAGUAAAAUAAAUAUAUACAUUAAAAAAUAUCUAAAUAUCUACAGAUUGUGUAUGUGUCAUAUACAACAAAUUGGACCAAGUUCAGAGUGUCAUUGUAUGGAAACUUCCACUACAAUCAUAUAUUUGAAGCAAGAUGCACCAUUGUGGAGAUAUUUUUACAAUACCUUGUAUUUUUAUGGAUGCUAAAAUACUUAAUUAUGUUUGUAAUUGCAUUAUUUUGUAAUUGCACUGUUAAAGGUGAACUACAUGGAAAGUGCUCAUUAGGCGCUUUAAUCAUGUGUUUUUCUCCUACAAUCUUACGGUUGCAUUUAACAGUUAUCUAACAUGUGUCUAUUCUUGAGUUUUGUUCUGUUUGAUUAUGUUAAACAUUUAAAGCGUAACUGACAAGUUCUUAAGGUCAAACAGGAUCAACAAAAAAACGCAAAUAUGAUUUUAAGGGUUUAUCAUACCGCAGGUGAAGUACAGCAUUUUUGACAUUUGGAAAUUAUCUUUGUGACAUUUCUGUGUUCAUUGUCUUGUAUGUUGUUUGCUCUUUGAAGGAAAAGCCUUGCUUUGCAUUGAAAGUUUGUGUUACAAUCUGUGAAGACAAGGGAUGUUACUAGUGGGAGAUAUUGAGAUUUUAAACAAUUUAUAAACUGAAAACCUCCUGCACAUUUUCGUCUGCCUUGUUAAAUUAAUAAUAUUGUUUGUCUACCAUUACAGACUUUGUUAUUUUUUGUUGAUAACUUGACAUUGGAGCUUAAAAUCUGUUGUUUUGAGACAAAAGUGACCAUUAAUAUACUUAAUACCCAUAACUUGCUGCUAUGGCACUGAUUUGAAACAUUGUGUAUACAUGAAGUUUUAUAAACCUU